AUGAAUAUAUCAAUUCUCAUUUUUUUCUUAUCUUAAUUGAAAGAGAUUUUAACCUUUUCAAUUAUUGAUUUAAAUCAAUAAUACUAAAUUCAAAGGGAUGAUUUUGAUUUAAGUUUUUAAGAUUUUGGAGUUAACAAACUUUUAACUUAUGGGAUGUGGUCCAAAUACAAUCCAUUAAGUAUAAUUUCAAAAGUAGGCCCCGUAGGAUAGAUGGAAAGCGACUGCUUUUUAAUUCAUUAUACUACAUCUAUUUUAACCCAAAAUCUCAAUCUUAUAUACUAUGAUUGUUUAGAUUAUACAGAGAGGAAAAUACUGAAAACUAUUGAAUUUGUGGAUGAAGAAAACAACCAGCAUAAAAUUGAAUUGUAAAUUGAUAAUAAUAAAUACGAGGAUGUUUGGCAUUUUUGUUAAUUCAUUAUCUAUCCUAAUCAAAGGAAAUUUGAAGUUAUUAUCUUAAAUUAAGAAGAUACUCUGCUUCAUUAAUUUUUUGAAUUGAAAUUUCCUUUCAAAGACUAAAAUUUAUCUCUAAUAUUUGGGAGCAGUUUAAUUGUUAAUAAAUCAUAUAUAUUUUCAAUAUUAAAAGGUAGGAAAUUUGCUACAUUUCCAGGCUUUUUAAAAGUGAACAAAAUUUUGAUCCAAGAAAGCUCUAUUUAUUAAAAUUUUGAAGUUAUAGCAUUUAAAGUUUUGUAGGGUUUCAUAUAAUGUUAAUGCAUUCAAGAUAGUACUUUUAAAUUAAAAGAUUGGGAUCUUUCUUCUGUUAAUAAAUUGACAUAUUUAUCUUAAAAUACUAAUUGUGACUCUUUUUAAUUUUAGGGUUGGUUAAGGAUUAAUAAUAUUGGACAACUGCCAUCAGAUAUUACUUAUCAAAUAAUUAAAAUUUCAUCAAAUUUUAAUAGUGCAAUUUUAUCUAAUUAAAAUUUAUCACCGUUUUAAUAUAUUUAUUAACUUUCCCCUACGAUGCAUAGGAUUAUUAUUACUACUUAUAGUUACAAUUUUCCUUUAGUUAAUAUUGAUUUUACUGAUAAUCCUUUUCUAAUAUUUGAUUAAUUUGAUGUUUUAAAUAAAGUUUAGUUAUGGCAUAAAUUAAUUGUUAAUUUAUAGAAAAAUGAAUUAUAGUUAAGUAUCAGUUUCUAUGAUGAAUCUGAAAUCUAUACUAUAAGCAGAUUAAUUAAUGUUGUUUAAUUUCAUUCGAACCAAUUCAGAGUUAAUUAUGGAAAUCUCUUAAAUAAUAUCAAUAAUGCUAUUAAUAUUUAAGUUAGAAAUUUUUUAUUUUUUAAUUGUUAAUAACCAAUCAAUGAACUUAAUUGCCAUUAAAGUUGUUUUGAAUGCAAUGGUCCAACUAAAUUAAAUUGCUUAUCUUGUUCAUAAGAAUCAAAUAGAAUUUAUUUAAUUGAUAAAAAAAUGUGUGUUUGUCCUUAUGGUUUAAUUGAUACAGGUGAAAAAUGCGAGUCCUAUUCUGAUUUAGGCUUUUAGUUAAUAAAAGAUGCUUCAAUAUUUAAAGAUAAAAGUUGUUUAUAUGGUUAUUUCUUAAUUGGCGAUGAAUGUAUUUAAUGGUAAUAAUUUAUCAUUAUAUAGUCCUUCGAUAAUCAAUUCUCAGCGAUUGACAUGCAUAGAAUGUCUCAUGAAUCCAUAAAAAUGGAUUAAUUCAUUAGUUUGUUAAUAAGAUAUAUCAAUAAAUAAAAUUGGAGAAACUGCUUACUAUUUUUAAGAUUUUGAUCUUUAAUAUUUUUAUGAUGGAUUUGAUUUCUAUUUUUGUCUGUAAAAUGUUUGUGAUGUCGAAUAAAUAUUUGAUAUGUUAACAAUUUAAUAAGAUGAAAUUUUUUUAAGGUCUUUUGGAGAUUAAAAUGAAUUUUUUUAUGGUCGUUUCGAAUGUUCAGAUAAUUGUUUUGACUGUUUAUCAAAUGAUGUUGGUCUUUUAUGUAAAGAAUGUGAUGAUAAUUUUAAACUAGCAGAUGGCAAAUGCUAAGACAUAUAUUGUUAUCCUCCAUAUUAUAUGAAUAUGGCUGGGAGAUGUAAAAAAUGCCCUAUUUAAAAUUGUAAAUAUUGUUUUGAGUAUUAAAAUAAUGAUUUAUCAAAAUGCACAUUAUACCAUGAUUUUUAAUCAUUUAACACAGAUGAAAUUAUAAAUGUUGGUUGUGCUUUAUGUAAUGAUGACUAUACAUUUGAUUUUUCUUAAAGUAUUUGCAUUUAAAAAAAGAUGACGAUUUAAAAUUGUCUACGGUCAUAUGUUAAUUUGGAAAAUUAAGAAAUUUGCACAUUAGCAUCAAUUUAAGAUUUUUCAAUAGCUCCUGAAAUCAUUAAUUGUUAAGAAUUAGUAGAAAAUUGUAUGCAAUGUAUAUAAACUCCUGAAUUUAUUCUCAAAUGUAUAAUUUGCACCACCGGAUAUGUUCCCUCACUUGAGAAUGGUAGCUGCUAGAAAACUACCUUUGAAGUAUCAAAUUUUAAAAUUUCUGUAUUCUCAUAAGAAUUUUAUUACAAUGGUUGGAUUUAACUAAUCUAAAGUUUUUUAAUGUCAUUUUUACCAAAUCAAUACAUUUAUCCAUAUAAUUUUAAUAGAUAUUACAAAAUUUAGAUACUUGAAUGUAAAGAAGGAUGGACAAUAAGUAGUCUUUCAUAUUUAUGUAUAAAAGAUUGCAGCUCUGAAUGUCUUUCGUGUUAUUAGUAGAAUUUUGAAUCUCUUUGUAGGAUUUGUCCAUUAAAUGAGUUUUAAUAGCCUAUUAUAAAUCAAUAUUAAGGUAAAUGUUAUGAAUGUCCUUAAUUUUGUAAAAUUUGUUAACCUAGUUCAGAAGAUAAAAUUAAUGUAAAAUUUCAUUAAUUAUUUUAGAGCAAUUAACCCCAAUUUAUAAUCAAUGAUAAUCUAUUUUAUACUAGAUAAUGUAUUAUGCCUUAAUAAAUUCCAAAUGUUUAAAUAGAUCCAUAAUUAUAGAUUGCAAAGUAUUGUUUUGAUAAUGACUGUAAUUCAAUUCUUUCCUUCGAAACAAUAAUUGAAGAUUGUAAUUUUAUAAAUCUUGCAGAUGCAACGACAUUUUAUAAAAAUUAAAUUGAUUUCUAUAAUUAGAUGGGAUAGGAUAAAUUAAUUUUAAAAUAUAUAUUUGAUUUUACUGAUAUUUGCAAAGCAUAACGUGGCUUAUAUCUGAAUAAUCAAUUAAAAUAAUAGAUUUAUUCAUUACAAUUUAUUAAAAUGGUUGCAGUAGCUGUUAAAGAUUCAUUAUUAUUUUCUUUUGGUACUAUAAUUUUUUCAAAUUUUGAUUCGGUGGAAUUAUAAAAUUUCAGAUUAAAAAUAUUUAAAUCUAAUUUACAUUUUUAGAAUAAUUAAAAAGCAGUAGAAUUAUCAUUGAUAAAUAUUUUAAUUUAAGAUGAAGAAUAAAAUAAUUUGGAAGCACUUUUUAAAGCAACUUUAUUUUCGUAGAUAAAUUUUUAAAAUGUUUCAUUUUUAGAUACAAAUAUAUCUAAUUCAUCAAUUUUGAACUUUGAAACUAUGAAACUUAAUGGUUUUCUUAAAAUAAAUGAACUCUAAUUUACAAAUUGUAUAAUUACAAAUUCUAAAUUAUUCAAGUUUUUUGAUCAUAAUUUCACUAUAUUAAUAGAAAAUUUAAUUAUUUAAAAGUGUGAAUUUUAUAACUCAUUUAUUUUUGCAAUCAACUCCAAUGAAAGAAUGAAAAGCAAAUUUACAUUUCAUAAUUUAAUUAUUUAAAAUAGCAAAUUUUAUAACUCUACCUUUUUUUAUAACUCUCUCUCAAUGGAUUUGAUAAUUAGCAAAGUAUAAUUAAACUAAAAUAUUUUUGAUUAAUCAGUCGUAUUUUCUUCUGAUCAAUAGAUAUACAUGCAAUCUAUUAUUAUGGAAUAGAAUACUUAUUUAUAUUCACAUUUCCUAUAAUCAAUCCCCUAUUCAGAAAUCAUAGUAUAAAUUACUAAUAUACAAAUAUUUUACAAUAAUUUACAAUAUUCUACUUUAUUUGAUAUUAGGUAAAAUUAACACAUAAAUAAGUGUUAAGUAAAAUUGUAUGAUUUUAAUUUAAGUAACAAUAUCGAUUAAAGUAUUUUUAAUAAAAACCUAGCCUUAUUUGAAAUAACAUGCUUUAGUUUAAUAAUUAAAAAUUUUGAAAUAAUUAAUACAAAAAAUGUAAGAAUAUUUUAUCUGUAAGAAACAGAUAUAAUUCAAAUAGAUAAUUUAAUCUACAAAACAUCUGAUGAUUAAACCAGAAUUCCAAUAUUUUUAGAAUGUUAAGAAUAAAUUUAAUACAAUAAUUAACUCUUACUAAUAAUCAAUUUUUUAGAAAUAAAAUUACAAAAUUUAUAAUUAGCAAAGUAAUCUUCUAUAGAUUUAUCUUUAAUACAAAUAAUCUCUAAUGUUCAAAUUUUUAAUUAAUAAAAUGCUUCUGUUUAAAUAAAAAAUGUAGAAUUCUUUGGGAAUGUAUAACUUUAAUAAAAAGAAACAUCAUAUUAAUCUUAAUUAAUGAUUUUUUCAGAAUUAAAAAUUUUAAUAAUUUUAGAAAAUCUGCAGUUUACAGAGAAUAUGUUUCAUUCAUAGACCUAAGAAAUACAGUAUGCUUCUUGUUUAUUAUGUAUUGUUUCAAAAGCAAGUAAAGUAGAAAUUUUGAAAUUAACAUCAAGAAACAAUGCAAUUACUAAUUCCUCUCAUACUUUUAUUUCUAUAACAUCUAAUUCAUUAGUCAUUAGAAAUAUGGAUAUUCAAAAUCACAAUUUUUUAAAUUCUAUCAUUUGGUAAUAAUAUUACAAACUAAAUUUAAAUUCUGUUUAUAAUUAAGAUUAAAUUAAUUAGAUAAUUAUGUAAACAAUCUAAAUUUUAAAUGUUGGAGGAGUGGCAAAAAUUGAAACACAGAAUUUUAGUUGUUUCAAUAGUACCUUUCGCAAUAUCAUCGCAUUAAAAAGUCUUAUUUUUGAUAUAACCCUAUAAGGAAAUUCAUUUUGCAUUCUACAUGAAAUCAUAUUAACUACCAUAGAAAAUAAUUUAUAAUCAUAAAGGGAAGGUUCUGGUUGCAUUAGUAUUUUAUCUUUAAAUGGAUAAUUAAAUAUAGAUAUCCAAAGAAUUAAAUUCUAAAAUGUUUUAACCAGAAUUUCAACAUCUAUUUUUACUAUUGCUCCAUCUAUUUUUAGAACGAGUAUUUUAAUAAAAGAUAUUUUAAUUUAAAAUUGCUAUUCCUUAAUCAAUUCAAUUUUUAAUUUACAAUUCAAAUCUUAAAAAACAAACUACGAUUUAAUUAUUUUGAAAGAUUUAUAAAUUAUUUAAUAAGAAGAAGAUUUGCUGAAUUAUUUAUAAAAAAUAGGACCAUUAACAGUUGAGGAAAUAUCAAAAAUAACUAGCACUGAAAAUGCUCUUAUUUAUUUAAGUGAUUGCUAAGUAGAAAUAAAAGGCAUAUAUAUUUAAGGAGUUUAUUUAUAUCCAAUCAUGAAAUUUAAGAAUGUCCAUAAAUUAUUGCUAUCAAAUUGUUUCAUGUAUGAAAUUUAAUAGGUUUCUACCUAAAAUUUAAUUACUUUUACUCAAACAAGAAAUCAAAAUUUAUUUGUAUAAUUACAAUAAUUAUCUAUUUCAAAAGUAAAUACAUAUAAUUUAACAACUACCAAGUUUAAAUAUAAUUUAAUGAUCAAUUAUUUUAUUAGGGAUUGUGAGAAUAUAUAAAAGAAAGAAGUUGAAAAUUCACCAACAUAAUAUAUUGAGUCUUAUUUGUAAUAAAUAAAGUAACAAUCAUCAGAUAGUAAAUCAUUGAUCUAUUUUUAAAGCACUUCCAAUGAAAGUAACUUCAAUUUCUAAUCUAUAAAUUUAUUUAAAAAUGAAUGCUUUGGAUGUGAAAAAGGAUUAUUUUAUUUUGAAAUUUCAAAUUUUAAGAUGAUCAAUUUUAUAGAUUUAAAUUGCAAUCAAAACACAGUUACGGAAUUAGGUUGUGUAAGUUUUUAAUAAGAGUAAUUUCAUUUCAAUAGAAUUCUAAUCAAAAAUUCCAAUUUUAUUAGCAACAAGGGAGGCAAAGGAAUAGCCAUUUUUGCUUUAAAUGUUACUCUAACAAUCUUGGAAUGCAAGAUUAUUUCAAAUUAAGCAUAAAAAUAAGGUGGAGGGUUGUUUAUAGAUUAGAGUUCUUUUUUAGUAAAAAAAACCAUAUUAUUAUCAAACUCUGCAUAAGAAGGAGGAGGGAUAUUUUUAAAUGGAAAUUUAAAUUUGAACAAUGAUAAUUUUGUUAGGUCUUUUCUAUUUUUUAAUUGGGCAGAGUAAUAAUCAAAUAAUAUUUUUGAAUCUCCUACUCACUUAUCUUUAAGUAUAAAUUCAGUUGAGUAAUUGUCUUUAUCUUUAGAUGAUACUAAUGCUUAAUAAAGAAUUUUAAAGCUAAAACCAUAUAAAACUAUUGAAUAGGGUAAGGUAUGUGAAAAGAAUUAUCUUAUGAUACCAAGCAAUUAGCAAAUCAAUAAAUUUAAAUUAAUAAUUCCUCAAUAAAAUAGGAUAUUUUUUUAUAUUAAAGAAUUCAGUUUAUACUUUAAAAAUAGUAGAAAUGAAUUAAUUUUAGGGUUAGUUAAUUCUUCUUGCAUUAUCAAUAGCUAUUUACAACAAUUAAAUUCCAAUAUAAGUAUAUAAUAUUUAGAAAACAUUUCAAUAUCAUAUAAUACCCAAAAGGAUAAUUUUGAUUUAAGUUAACUGUUAUUCAUUUUUGAUCCAUAUUUAUAAGGUGAAAAGUACCUUACAAUUCAAUUUACUUGUUUUGCUUAGUAAUCCAAUAAUAAAUUACAUUACCUAAUAAAUGCAAGAAGUUUUAUGUGCUAAUUGGGAGAGUUUUAUUCCGAAUAAGGUUGUUAAGAAUGUUAAUCUAGUUAAGGAUUUUAUUCAGUUACUUAUAAUGCUACAAAAUGUUCAAUUUUUGAUAAAACUAAAUUCUCUAAAAUCACUUCUAAUAGUAUCAGUCUAUUAAAAGGAUUUUGGAGACCUCAUAUUUUAUCUGAUUAUAUAGAUGAAUGUUUUAAAACUCUAAAUGUUUGUAUUGGAGGUUCUGGUGUUGGAGAUUAACUAUGUGCAUAAGGACAUACUGGAGGAUUAUGUGAAGAAUGUGAUAACUAUGAUUUAAGGGGAAAUGGAUAAUACUUUAAAAAUUAACAAAAUUUAGAGUGCCUUCCUUGUAAUAAACUAAAAGACAACAUUAUAGCCUUAAUAAUAACAUCUAUUUGGUAUAUGUGCAUAAUUAUUUAAGGGCAUUACUAUCUAUACUUUUAACUUUAAGGAGUAUUGAUAAAUCAAAUAAAUUAUUCUCAUCAUUAAAUUUGACCAAAAGACAUAGUAAAAUUAUUUUUAGAUUAGAUUAAGGUAAUUAAAAAUAGUAUACUAUUAGAUUUUACAAGUAUUUUAAUGAAGAUGUUUUUAAAUAACUUAUGGGUAUUUUCAAUUAUUUUCACUUUCAACCUAAAAUUUUCAUUUUCAUUUAACAUUGUUGAUUAAACUAGUAAUGCAUCAUAUUCAAUUUCUAAUAAUUUGGAUUGCUUUUUAUCUUAAAUUUAAUAAAUUUAAUUAAUUUAUUCAAGAAUAUUUGCCAUAAUUAUUUUGAUUUUAAUUUAACUAUUUUUAGUUUUAUUAGGAUAUAAAAUUACAUCUUUAAUUCUUCAUAGGAAGUUCAAUCAAAGCAUAAUUACUAAUACUUUACUUUAUUUAUAUGUUUGUAAUUAUGGUGGUCUAAUAAAAAUGUAAAAAUAUGUUCAUUUUAAUUUAGGUUAUGCUCUGUAAUUUCUAGAAGAAUAAUUUCAAAUAUUGAAUUUAUAUCAGGAGAUGUAACUCUAUAUUUUGGGUCUGAUAAUCACAAUUAAUGGAUGAAUCAGUUUAUUAUUCCCUUACUUAUCCUUUUAGGAUUCACAAUUCCAUUUUCUUUGUUUAUUCUUUUAUAUACACAAAGAAAAAAGCUUCAUACAACAACGUUUAGAAAGCAUAUAUGUUAUCUAUUUAAUGAGUAUGAUAAUAAUGCUUAUUAUUGGGAAGUAAUCAAAUUAUCAUUAAAAUCUAUUAUUAUUGUAAUAGCUACGUAUUUUGAAGCAAAUAUAUUUUUGAAAGCAGCACUAAUAGGAUUGUGUUUAUUAAUCUAUUAAAUUUUAGCAGUUAAAAAUAAACCUUUUAUUCUAUCAAAUUUAAAUUCUUUAGAUUUGUAGGCUGGAUAAACUUGUUCAAUAGCUAUUUUUAUUGUAGUUGCUAAAUAUGUUGCUGAUUAAGAAAAUGAAAAGUUCUCAUCUGUUUUUCUUUAAAUAAUUAUCACUUUGCUUUUGAUACGACUCUGUCUCCCAUUUAUUGAAUUAAUAAUCAAAGCAUAUAUGAAAAAGUACAAAACAGUUUUAAUACAAUUGAUUUAUUAACUUUUUAAAUUUAUAGCAUAAAAUUGGUCUAUUACAAUAUGGCUUUAAAGGAAAUUAUAGUGUGAAAAUUAGAAAAAAAUAAAAUUAAUGACAAACAUGAAAAAAAUAAGACAGUCAUUACUCCAGAAAUAGAAAACUUAAUAUUUGUAAAAUUAAUAUUAAUCAUUAGAUAAUUUUCAUCUAUUCAAAGUCCCUAUCAUUCAUAAUUAAGAAGUGAAUAAUUAAAAGGUUGA